AUCCAGGCCAUGGCGCUACACUGAGGGCGAGGCACUGUUGUCGUCUGCCUGCUUGCAGGGUAUAUACGUCUGCAGAGCAGGCAGCAGUUGUUUAUUUAAGUGUUUACAUUUGCACAGUAAAGAUGUCUCUAAAGGCGGUGGGCACCGCGCUGACAUGGACACUGAGGACUACCGGACAAGGGACUCCUCCCGUGGCGCGGUCCCUCAAAGUGAACAGACUUUCUACAACAUGCAGUGUGUCUGCAGGAACAAAGCAGGGCUGCGGAAAAACUAACACACAAAGUUGCAGCUCCAACUCGGAGACACCGAGUGGAGACGUGUCUACCGUGUCAUCAGCCAGCGAGUCUCCUCACAGAUGCGGCGCAGGGGAGAAGAAACGAGCCAAGGAGCCCGUGGGUGCUCCCGGUGUUACUGGUGUAAGACGACGGUCAUACACCUCGUCUUCAGCAGCUCCGGUAAAGCAGAGCUCCUACAUGUGGGCUCGGUACAAUGACACGAAACGACUAGUCCACGAACUGAUCCCACCAGGUGCAUGUAAUCUCCUCAACGCCUCCACCAUCUACGCUAACAAUGAGGUCGACCUGGCUGAAGUGGACAUCUACGGCUUUGACUAUGACUACACGCUGGCUCUGUACUCAAAUUCGCUUAAUGAGAUGAUCUACAAUAAAGCAAAAAGCUUCCUAAUCGAACACUUUAAGUACCCUGAAGGCAUCCACAAGUACGAUUACAUUCCCAACUUUACCGUCCGGGGUCUUCACUAUGACAUCCAAAAGGGUCUCCUGAUGAAGAUAGAUGCCUUCCAUUACAUUCAGCCAGGAACAGUGUAUCGGGGACUGAGCCCAGUGCCAGAUGAGGAGGUCCUUCAGCUUUACGGGGGGACCUUCCAUGUCCCCCUGCAGCAGGACAGUGGCUUCUAUGGGAAAGGACCCAAAGUGAAGCAGUACAUGGACAUCUUCUCCAUCCCUGAGAUGACGCUCAUGGCCGUGGCAAAUGAUUUUUUCCUCACCAAUGACAUCGAAUAUGAUCCAGUUCACCUCUUCAAGGACGUCUCAGAAGCAAUUGGCAUGGUCCACCUCAAGGGCUACAUGUACAAAUGGAUCAUGGAGGAUCUCGAUAAGUUCAUUCCCAGAGGAGAAGAGACCGAUGCUGUUCUGCAUCGACUGGUCAGCAACGGAAAGAAGCUAUUCCUCAUCACCAACAGUCCCUUCUGCUUUGUGGAUAAAGGCAUGACACACAUGGUGGGAAAAAACUGGAGAGAAUUCUUUGACGUUGUAAUUGUCCAAGCAGACAAACCUCACUUCUUCACCGAUUGUAUCAAACCCUUCAGGCGUUUGGAUGAUAAUGGGGACCUUCGGUGGGAAAAGAUAAACAGUUUGGACAAAGGACAGAUCUACAAACAGGGAAAUCUGUUUGACUUCCUCCGACUGACAGGAUGGCGAGGCCCAAAGGUUCUGUACUUCGGAGACCAUCUUUAUAGUGACUUGGCUGAUCUGAUGUUACGACACGGUUGGCGCACAGCAGCCAUCGUACCUGAGCUGGAGCAGGAAACCAAAGUGGUGAGGACAGACCGGUUUGGUCUGAGCCUCACCUGGCUCCAGGCGUUGACCGGCCUCAUGGAACGCCUACAGACACUUCGGGACCCGGAGUGUAAACUGAUUUUUCAGGAAUGGCAGAAGGAGAGAGAAGAACUCAGGGCGAUGACAAAGAACUUGUUCAACCCUCAGUUCGGCAGCAUCUUCAGAACCUGUCACAACCCCACGUACUUCUCCAGACGUCUGUCUCGUUUCUCAGACAUCUACAUGGCCUCCCUCGGCUGUCUUCUAAACUACGACCUCUCGUACACUUUCUACCCCCGCCGCACCCCUUUGCAGCACGAGGCUCCUCUGUGGAUGGACCAGCUUUGCACAGGCUGCAUGAAGACCCCUUUCCUGGAGGAGAUGUCUCACAUACGAUGAGAUCUGCGCUCUCCUCAGUGACUGAUUAAGGUUUUAAACCUGCUGAACAUUUCGAUUUUUUUUUUUAUUCAGGAAAUGCCUCAUUUUAGUUUAGAAGGUAACGCACAAUGUCCUCCACAGGGUAUAGGUUUCAUGUUCUCCACAGUGACCCACUUUGCUGAUAAUGUCACUAGAGGGUGCUGUAGAUUUAGCUGCUGUUCAGAGAUUGUACCAUUCAACAUUGACACACACUCUUUUCUGCCUGAUUCAAAGGGAUACGAAAACGCUGUGCAACUUAAAGCUACCACCGCACAAUUACAACAAAUAAAUGAAUUAAAUGUUGCAUAACUAUGUGUUGAUUUUUUUAUUAAGCAUCUUAUACCGUACCUAUGUCAUUGUAAUGUAAUAAUAGGUAAAGGGAAGCAAGUUACCUUAAGAUUAUAAUGAACAGAAUGAGCACCGUUUAGCACAGGGUGUCUGCAGGUCAUUAAAAAGCCAUUUCAUAAAUAUAAGGCAUUGGAAGUCAUUGAAUAGUCUGUAUUUUGAAUUUGUGAGAUCUUAAUUACUACAAACAUUUUAUUUGGUGUCAUUAAUCCAUCUUUUAAUUUCUUUUUGACAAAAUGAGUGAAGCUCUCCACAUAGUCCACAUAUCUGAUGUUGCACAGCUUUAAACAUACCACUAAACCUAAAACUGCUUUUGUAACUACUAUAUAUGAACCUAACUCACUCUAAUAACCAUAAUCCUACAUUAAACCUAGCUCUACACGUGACUACAUACAUACUGCUUACCUCUAUGCUUACCUGCAAUUCUUAGAAAAGAUGAUUUGUCCAAAGAUCGGCCUUAAAUUGUGGUUUGAAAUUUUACUGGAUGGUUUUAAAAACCCUGAGAAACCUGGAGUGACAACACCUUUCUUGCUCUGCUUUCAGAUGCCUUUCACAAGUAUUUAAACCUUUGAACCCUGAGCUAAUUGGUGCAGUUUCUUUCAAAAACAUGGGGUAAAGGCAAUGAGCAACUUUUUUUCUCCAAACAAUCUUUUUAUUGAAUUUUUAAACAUUGAAUGUGAGCAGUAACAUUUCAACAAAGAAUAUACCUGUAAUAUCCCCCACAAUAGUAUGUCUCUGCAGACCCGGAGACUGCAGAUUCAGACCCGCAGUUCUGGACCCGCAGUUCUAGACCCCUUGUUUUUCGCGAGUGACCCCUACUGGGCGGCUGUAUAACUGCAACUAAAUCAGCGUCUCACCCAAACACCAGUUUGAAAGAAGUUACACUUUUAAUGCUUUAUUACAAUUUACAGUUUUAAAAUUUUAUUACACCCGAAUAAAAAUACCAAGAUUUAAA